CAUUUGCACACACACUGUCGUGAAGAUGGUCACACUCACUCAGAGACUCCUCUUUGUGCUAAGCUUCAUCUCUUGCAUGGCGAGCUCCAUGUCGAUGCGCCACAACACUCCGAUCCCUCCGACCACCGCCCGUCUCACCGACCGCUUCCCCCGCCUCGUCUUCGACGGUGCAUUCUCAGAUUUAUUCGGUGGCCAAAACAUCAAAAAAACCAGCAACGGAUCACAAGUCAGUCUCAUGCUCGACAAAACUUCAGGAUCUGGAUUCAAGUCAAAUGAUGCGUAUUACUAUGGAUUCUUCAGUGCUGCCAUCAAACUGCCUAUGGAUUACUCUGCAGGAGUUGUAGUAGCAUUCUAUAUGUCCAAUUCAGAAGCCUACCCAAAAAACCAUGAUGAGAUCGACUUCGAGCUUUUAGGCCAUGAGAAGAGGAAGGAGUGGGCACUGCAGACCAAUGUAUAUGGCGAUGGAAGCACCGGGAUCGGCCGUGAGGAGAAGUUCUUCCUCUGGUUCGACGCCACUGCAGAUUUCCACGAGUACAGCCUCAUCUGGAAUCAGCAUCACAUAGUGUUUCUGGUGGACAAUCUCCCAGUUAGAGAGGUGAACCACAGUGUGGCCAUGGCCAGAGCUUAUCCCUCCAAGCCCAUGUCGAUCUACUCCACGAUCUGGGAUGGCUCACAGUGGGCUACUCAUGGAGGGAAGAAGCCUGUCAACUACAAGUUUGGGCCAUUUGUGGCAUCAUUCAAGAACUUUCUGGUUGCUGGCUGUGCGUGGAAUCAGACCAAAGCAGCUCCUUCUUGCACAAGGAGUGGCCAAAGUGGGCGCCUCGCUCUCGAUCCGAUCGAGGGGGAUGAAUUCGUGAAGCUGUCAGCAGAGCAGCAGAGGGGGAUGGAGUGGGUGAGGAGCAAGUUCAUGUUCUACUCCUACUGCAAUGAUCUCAGUAGGUUUCCAGUGUUACCACCUGAGUGCAAAGAAGGAAAACAGUAACAGGCAUUCAUCAGUAGCUCAAUUCAUGAAAUAAAGUUGCAGAGUUCAUCUCUCACCAUUGCAAGAACAUGAUCUAUGUUGUUAUGAUCUCUGCAUUUAACCUGAUAUAACAUUCAAGUAAACCAUGCAAGGACCCUUGGAAGGCAUUAACUGCUGCUAGCUGUUGAAUGGCUUGGUUCCAUUUUCCCCCUUCUGUGCACAAGAUCUUAGCAAGUGCU